AUGUACCAAGGAGAGAACAGGUUGCGAGAGAUGCCGAAUAUUCUCAAGAAAGUGGUCUGUCUAUCAACAUCACGGAAUGAGUCUGAUAUAUUAGAGGAGCGUUAUGAAGCUAAACAUACAGGUUCUCUAUCGAUAGAUACUACUCUUCACCCUUCCGGUUCAAGAGACGAGCACUUAGUCGGCACUAUACCGGAGUUGACCCAUAUAGCAGGUCCAGACCAAUAUGAGACUUCAGAGUCAAACAUUAGCAACAUAGAAGGCAUAUAUGAGCCUGGUCAGGACUUGGACCAGUUAGGAUCAUCAGUGUGGCAAUUUGCAGAGCCGGAUAUGUUUUUCUCGAUGCCGAGGUUGACUGAACCGGAUGAUACGGUUCUUGAAUCUUCGAUAUAUCCCAACACUGAGAUAAAGGACCAAAACAUGAAUACAGACAUAGGAGAUAAAUCCUUAUGCAAUUUCGAGUUUGCAAGAUCUUGCGAGGAAUGGAAAUACGUUGCAAACAGCCACACAGAUCAAACUACACAUCCUCGCCAAUGUCUUCACGCACAUAGAAUCAUCCUUGUCAUCUUCGAUUUGGAAGACAUCGCUAUAGGGAUUGACAAUUUCGGCAAUGCCCUCAACACCAAUAAAGAGGCCCUUCGUCAUGGAAACGAUAUGAUAAAGUGCGAGGUCUGCAUGGUUCACUUUGAAAACAUAGCCAUUCUCACAUCUCUAAUAGAGAAACUCGGGAAGACGUGUCAAGAUAUCUCUGGUAUCUAUCCACAACUAACUUCAACAACGGCUCCUGGGGGUACUGCCCAGCUAGCUGUUCCUAGUUUCGUACUAGGAAGCUACUUGGUGGAUUCAUUAGAUGAGCACAGAGUAUUAGUCCAAGGACUUCUGGGUCUGCAGAUCAAAAGUAUUUAUACUAUGAUAGAGCGCCUGGAUCAAAUCGCGCUGGGAUACCGCUUAGAAACGAUAACAAGGCGUUUGAUUACGACUAAGCAGCUAUUGGCUCAAUGA